AUUGAUAGUUAGUAGCUACUUAAACACCAAUAAUGGACUUGGACUUGAUAGAGAAAUCUAGGAGGUCCAGUUGAGCUUAGCAUUAGCUGUCCAGAAAGCAAAUCAAAACCUUUCACUUAAUUGCACUAUGCACCAAUCACCAUCAUCCUUAGCAUCCAUACUUUUCUCUAACCUCCAUAUUAAAUUAUUAAUCUCACUUUUAUAAUAUCUCUACUAUAUAAGAGCCUCAUAAGUAGUGCCAUUUUCAUCAUCAUAACAUAAUUCACAAUUGUGUAGAUUGCACGAGAGUAUGGCCACAUUGAGAAAACCUAAUGGACUCAUUCUCUUGUUUUGUGUAAUUGUUUCUUGCUUCUUUUUUCAAGUAUGGGGUCGGCCUGCUACUUUUUUGGAAGAUUUUAUGGUUACUUGGUCCGAUAGUCAUAUCAGGCAGCUCGAAGGAGGGAGGGCCAUUCAGCUUGUUCUCGACCAGAACUCAGGAUGUGGAUUUGCUUCCAAAAAGAAGUAUUUGUUUGGACGUGUUAGCAUGAAGAUCAAGCUCGUUCCUGGGGACUCUGCUGGCACUGUCACGGCCUUCUACAUGAACUCGGACACAGAUAAUAUCCGCGAUGAGCUGGAUUUCGAGUUCUUGGGGAACCGGACAGGCCAGCCUUACACAGUGCAAACGAAUGUGUAUGCUCAUGGAAAGGGAGAUAGAGAACAAAGAGUCAAUCUGUGGUUUGAUCCAGCUGCAGAUUUCCACACUUAUUCCAUCAUGUGGAACCACGGUCAAGUCGUGUUCUCUGUGGAUGAUGUGCCAAUCAGAGUAUACAAGAACCACGAAGCAAAAGGCAUCCCUUUCCCAAAAUCACAACCAAUGGGAGUAUUUUCGACUUUAUGGGAAGCCGACGACUGGGCCACCAGAGGAGGGCUAGAAAAAAUAAACUGGAGCAAAGCACCAUUUUAUGCAUACUACAAGGACUUUGACAUAGAAGGGUGCCCUGUUCCUGGACCGAGCUUCUGCGCCACAAACGCGGCUAAUUGGUGGGAGGGUGCAUCCUACAAGUCUCUGAGUGCGGAGCAGGCCAGGAGAUACAGUUGGGUUCGCAUGAACCACAUGAUCUACGAUUAUUGCACCGAUAAAUCGCGCUACCCGGUUACCCCACCAGAGUGUGUUGCAGGAAUUUAAUCGCAAUUCCAUCCAUCCAACCAACUAUAAAUAUUUGCAUAUCUAUUGUCAAGUUAUUGAUUGUUGCAGGUAUAUACAUUUGCACAUGUAUAUUAUGUUGGAAUGUAUUUGAGGCUAUACGUAAUAUGCCCCCUAGGCUUAUUUUGUGGCUGAAAUCAAAAGGUACAGGCUAGGGGGAAAUGAAAUGUUAAUGUUGUAACUGUAUUGAUACUGUAUAUGUAUUUGCUGAACACUGUGAGCCUAAAAAAGUGAUUAUGAAAAAACUUGCAUGAUUGUGAAAAGGAUGUGUUUAUGGUGA